UGUUUUACUGUACGGACAGGAAGUUGUCGCCUUCAGCCGUGUCACAUUGAAGCCCACUAGCUAUCCGUGUAGUAGCUACGGAGUAUCUCUGGUUAGAAAGGCCAAAGUAACAUCACAGAUUUGACCCAUGACGUCGUGUUAAAUUCCAUCAUGUUUCUAUCCAAAGUGGCUGCACGUUUAAGUCUGGUAUCCAGACUUAGUGGUACCCUUCAUCAUCAGUCACAGUCCCUUAGCUGUACUCUGGGGCGCUUUCGGCCUGCACGAUGCCAGUCUUUUUCCAUCACACACCGGCACUUAAAUUCGGCCGCAGACAAUAACCUCCCUCCUAAGCUCUGGAUGCCCUUAGAGCCGGAGCUGGAGGAGGUCCUAGUCCCCCGUAAACUCGCCGUGUCGCCACUAGAGAGCUGGCUCUCCCUGCGCUACUCUCUCCCCACGCCGGAGGCGGCUCAGCCCCUGGAGGAAGGGAAUGUGGUGGUGGAGGCUGUGGUUCUGCCCCCUGCCUCUUACCCUGUGUUGGAGGGAGAGGAGGGCAACGCCCUUAGCUGCAAGAAUGUGCUGGAGAUCCGACGACGGAAGAUGAACAGGCACCAGUACAAGAAGUUGCUGAAGCGCACAAAGUUCCUGAGGAGGAGAGUGAAAGAGGGCCGACUCAAAAGGAAACAGUCCCGCUUUGAGAAAGAUCUUACAAGAAUCUGGAAGAAAGCUGGAUUGAAAAAGGCACCAGAAGGAUGGACUAUGCCCAAGAUUUUCACCAAACAAUAUUAGCGUUGGAAAGGACUUCACUGGACUUGUCAGUAAGCAAACAUGCAGAUCAUCUGGUUGUACUUGACUUAUCAGCCUCAUCUUGGGACUCCUGAUUUGGUUACUCCAGCCGAGACUGAUGUGGAAUCAGUCCAAUGUGGAAUGGACUGAUCACUGUCUUGUGGGAACGUGCGUUGCAACAACUUAAUAAAGAAUAUGUGAAUCAACUUA